AACAUCAUUUCAAGUUUUACACAUUGAUUAUCAAUUUAUUAUUUUUGGCUCUAUUGCUCUCUCUAAAAUGUGUAUUUACUGCCAUCCUGUGGCAAACACAUGACAUGACAUUUAUUAUUACGUACACUGCUGGCCUAUAGUAUUGGCACCCCUGCAAUUCUGUCAGAUAAUGCUCCAUUUCUCCCAGAAAAUGAUUGCAAUUAGAAAUGUUUUAGUAGUAAUAUCUUCAUUUAUUUUGCCACACUGAGUUCUUGUAAGUAGUAGUUUAUAGUAUUAGUUUGAGCACUUAUAAAACAUGGAAUAAAACUUGAAAUGAUGUCCAACACAUGCGUCCAAGCUAGAGUUUUGUAAUGUUUUUCAUUUUUGACAUGUUGUGUGAUUUUGGCACAUGCGUUUUGAAUCACCCGAUAGGUCAUUUAGAUUGUCUUCCUAUAUGUUGUAAGGAUAUAAUUGACCCUACCAUUAUUAAAUGACUCAUUUUCAUUAUGUUCAGACUUACAUUUACCCCUUUUCACUUGCUGAAUGUGCCUGAUUGGCUGAUGACUUGGAUUUAUUUAAAAUUUAUUUAUUUUCUACUAUAUUUAUUUAGAAAAGGUUUUAAUUUGCAGCCUAUGCCGAAUUUUUUCUUCUUUAGAUAAUCAUACAUUAAUCAUAACAAAGGUAAAAAGUUUUCAUAUUUUUUUGAGUGGCUGUACUUGUGGACAAAAGCAGUAGUGUUUUACCUGAACGAAGGUUCUAUUUUUAUUAUACCCUGACAAAGAAGUUUAUUCAGUUAUAUUUAAUUUCUUUAUUGCGACAGAUAAUGUUGAGUGGUCUUAAGACAAAUCUUUUUUUAUUUUGCAUCCCUGGAUAGCUAAGAGAUUAUUAACAAUUUUGUGGCUAUGGUGCAUGUUAAUAUAAUUUAUGUUCGAAUGUUGCAAUUUAAAUUUGGUAAUUAAAUCCGGUCAUUUAUUCUGGAAGUUUUCAAAAUGUUUCUUUAGCAGUUUUGAAUCGAACAGGGGGGUCACUAGAUGGGAUACACGUGAAAGUUAGUAUGAAUCAAUACAGAUUUUUUUUUUUUUUUUUUGCAUUGAUCAUUUGGCAUAUCAAUUAUUAGGUUCCUAUUCGUGAGAAAUGUAGCCCCGACCCCAGUUCAAUAAUCUGUUUGGUCCUAUUAAUAUCCCGUCCCCAGCAAAAAAAUAUAUAUGCAGUCCCUACCAAUGUUGACACUUAACCUACGCCCUUGAUUCUAACCAUUAAUAUUAGUACCACCUACCGGUAUGGCAUAUAUGAGCCACAUCGUCAAGUAUUUUUGUAUACUUUACUGGUUUCAACAUUGUAUCAUAAAGCCAACAUUGUCACAAAAAUAGAUGUUUUACGCCUUAUGAUGUAUUCGUGUCUAAUGUGAAAUGACCCUCGCGAGCCUUCGUCAUCGGCUUUUGUUGACAUUUUUCCCUCCUCGCUGUCAGCUGACUUGUCUUUAAGUUAGCUUUAAAGAUCAAUCUUGGAACAGAACGAUGCCGUUACAUUUCUCCUUAGCUCGCCAAAUAUUGGUUUAUUCGAGAGGGAAAGUAGCUAAAGAUGACAGUUACGUGCUUGAUUGACUCGUUGCGUUAGCUAGCAGCUGUCACAAGAUAAACGGAGAAAAAAAGGAAAACAUGGAAGGCGUUCUGUACAAAUGGACAAACUACAUGACAGGCUGGCAGCCACGCUGGUUUGUCCUGGACAACGGCAUCAUCUCAUACUACGACAGUGAAGACGACGUAGGCAAAGGGAGCAAAGGCUCCAUAAAGAUGUCUGUGUGUGAAAUUAAAGUUCACCCGACGGACACCACGCGUUUAGAGCUGAUCAUUCCCGGAGAGCAACAUUUUUACGUGAGGGCAGUGAACGCGGCGGAGAGACAACGCUGGUUGGUGGCGCUCGGCUCAUCUAAAGUAGGAACGUUCGAUGCGCACAAACAUAAAGGUCCAGACUGUCUGAGGACCAAAAUGUCUGAGCUUCGUCUUUACUGUGACCUCCUGGUCCAGCAGGUCCAAACCAUCCAAUUACAGAGCAGCACAGACGCCAAAGACAUGUCCACUCCUGAGGCUUCGCUACUUAGCGCCACCUGUGCCACCUUCAUCAGGACGCUGGAGGAGUGUAUGAGCUUAGCACAGCACAGCCUCACACCAUACCUGCAACCACCUGAAAGGAUGAGACGAUCAGUCAGUCACCCUGGAACGUCCACCUCGGACAGGUGCAGUGCGCUCAAAGACAGCUCCGGUGGAGGGUCGAGAUCCAAGCCGCGGCGGGAUCGGGCCAGCUCAGACAGUUCAGUGCAUGACAUGGAGCCAUCGUUUAAAGGUUUGCUGCCAAACCUCGGCGGCGACUCGUCGUGCAUCCCCGAAGAGCAAGGAGGCGGCGUGAGUCCAAAGACUACGCCAACUGACACGGACACAGAUUUGUCCAUUUGAAGAUCGCGGGAAGGCGUCACUUUGAAAGUGGACGUCUUGAAUGUAUUCUUGAACUCUUUACGGGCACUUUGGACUUAAUGUGAGUCAUUUAUUUAUAUUUGCCUUUGGGACUCAGAACUUGAAUUCUUUCUGGACCGAGCAGGAACCAAAAUGGGUUGCCGCGGACAACAUAGCAACUGACUCGACAUUCAACCUUAUGGUGUUUCUCUUUCACCACAAUUGAUGAUGACAGACGUCCAAUUGCGUGGCUCUUUUCAUCCUUCUGCUGUGAAUUGAAAUUAGUUUGUUACAAGUAGACAUCUAAUCCAUUUGAACUGGGAAAGUUUGCAUGUUCGUUUGCUGCCAGCACUUCCACUUUGAAUGGAUUGGACGUCUAUCGCUGUCAACGACAGCCAAUGAGUUCAAAACAAGCUGCACUACAAAUAAUGUGCUUUAAAACAAAGAGUGAAUAAUAUAUUGUUUUUUUGGCCGAUGUAAUGUGAACGAGACCCCUUAAUAUAAUCAUUAAAAAAAUGAGCACAUCAUUUUGUAUUUCAGAUUCCUUCGGUACAUGUUGAGGGUUCGGUAUGGAAUGCUAUGCUUUUUGUGCGUGUUUACUGAAGGUGUGUGAUUGUGUGGUUUGGAAUUUGUGUUUUUAUCAUUUGACGAGGAAGCGUGACCGACAAUUUGUUUGAUGCCGGAUGUCUUCCUUCCAUUGAACAGGACAUGAACACGAAGGCUCACUCACGAGGUCAGUUGAAGACUGCUAAGGCGUAGGUUUGAUUUCAACAUUGGAAGGGACACUUUUUGCUGGGGAUGGGACAUGAAUAAGACCAAACAGACUGAGUGAACGGGGGUCAGGGCUACAUUUCUCACGAAUAUUGAUCUAAUUAAUUGAUAGGCUAAAUGAUCAAUGCAAAAUAACUCUCCAUUGACUUAUACUAACUUUCAUGUGUAUUGGUUCGGGUGAUACAAUGUUCGACUCAAACCUUUGUUUUCAAAAACUACUAAAGAAACAUUUUGAAGUGCAAGUUUCUUCAUUAAAAAAACAGGGAGUUAUCCAAAAAUGGGUCCAAUUCUGGGAGACACUGGGUCGACCCUAGACUCAAACUAAACUAUUGUAAUAUUAAAUUGAUUUGGGGAAAAAAAUUGGUAAAAAAAAAUCCGAGAUAUCCAAGGAUCGAUCUACAUCUGAGGCAUACUACCAAGAAUCGAACCAAAGUAUUCUCAUGUAUUUCUGAUGUGUGAUUUCGUUUCAGAUUUUUUUUUGCAUGUCAGUUCAUGUUCAUGUCAGUGUCCCUCUGAAGUGGGGCGAUUUGCACUCUGAAGCCACCGCGUUGCAUUACGGCAUUACUUCUCAAAUAGUGGGGCGGGCCCCCCCCCAGGGGGGCGCAGAGCGAUGCUGGGGGUGGCGCAUGUGACCUUGGGGAACAUACUGUACUUUUUUUGCCGUACUAGAAUAAAGUGUAAGUGCACAUACACAGAGUGGGUGGCAGUGGCGCUCUCAUUUUCAGCGUGUGCGCAGUUUUUUUUUAACCAAACAAGAGCACACAGCAAAGAGCACUUGAGAUAUGAAAAGCUAAGACGAGGAAAUAUGACGAAGCAAAUGUAGCUUUUGGCUUUGACUUUUAGUACAGCGGGAGACGAGGACAGACCAGUCUGCUUACUUUGUCUUAAGAUGUUCUCAACGAACAACAGGAAUUUUUUUUCAGCGAAAACAUGCCGAAUAUUGCCAACAAUUGUCCCGCUUUGUCAGUGUUACAUCCGUAAACCAGCGAGCACUGUUAGCAUCAUAUAAGGUGGCAUGACAAGUUUCUCAGUGCAAAAUAACCCCACACCAUAGCAAAGAAGCUGAUACUGCCUGCAGCAAAAAUAAAAACUGCCCCUCUGUCCAAUGACACUGUCCUUUUUGUUUUAUUACCUGGUCUUUCCUUUGGAAAGAUCAGGUAGUGAGAUUCUACGGCCUCCCCCUAUAUGUUAUUCUGGUUUUUAUUUUGAAUGGGAAUCCUUUGGCGCGCUGCGCAGCCCGAACCGCUUGACCGAUCGGCACCAUUCAAGUACCGACACGUCCGGAAUUUUUGCGCGACGAUGGGAAUUUUUCAAACGACCCAGAAAUUUUUUCCGUUUGCCCGUAAACGGCGAUUUUCCGAAAAAGAAAAAGCAAUUUUCAAAAUGUAUCUAGUCCCACAAUUUUUUACCAAAUUACAUAAUUUAGGUAUCAAAAAUUCCGGGACGGUGAGGGGCAUAAAAGUUGUAUACAGAAUUUGGAAAAAAAUUAUGGUUCCCCAGAAAUUCGACAAAAACUUGCCCAUUCAUUUUUAAUGAGAAAAAAAAAAAGUUUCAAAAUGUAUCUAGUCCUACAAUUUUUCACCAAAUCACACAAUUUGGGCAUCAAAAAUUCCAGGACGGGGAGAGGAAUAAAGGUUAUUAACACAAUUUGGAAAAAAUAUACGGUUCCCCGGAAAUUUGCCAAAAACCUGCCCAUUAAUUUUUAAUGGGAAUAAAAGACAACUUUCAAACUGUUACUAGUCCGUCAAUUUUUGACGAAAACACACAAGAUGGGCGUCAAAAAUUCCGGGAUGGCGAGGGGCCUAAAAAAUACUGCGAAAUUUUUUUGGAUAAAAUGUACGGUUUCCUGGCAAAUUGCCAAAAACUGGCCCAUUCAUUUUUAAUGGGAAACAAAAGUUUCAAAAUGUAUCUAGUCCUUCAAUUUUUGACCAAAUCACACAAUUUGGGCAUCGAAAAUUCCGUGACGGUGAGGGGCAUAAAAUUUGUAUACAGCAUUUGUAAAAAAAAAUUACGGUUUCCCAGAAACUUGCCAAAAACUUUCCCAUUCAUUUCUAAUGAGAACAUUUCCCAUUCACUUCCAAUGGGAUUUCCAAUUGAAUUUUUUUUUUUACAUUGCAUUGAUGCCAUUGACGGCCAUGGACGUCCAAAAUGUUUCCCAUUCAUUUUCAAUGGGGAAAAAACUAAAUUUCCCCAAAUCAACAGAUAAUGUUGAUACCAGAUAUCAAUAGGACCUGUCCCACAAACAUCCCUGACUCCAUUGACGCUUAUAUGGGGUGCUGCCAUUGAUGUCCAUGGACAUCCAAAUUUUUUCCCAUUUUCAAUGGGAAUUUUUUUUUUCCUACAAUCAACAGAAAAUGACCAGAUAUCAAUAGGACGUGUCCCCCAAACUUCUCCAAUUUCAUUGACGCUUAUGAAGGGUGCCGCCAUUGACGGCCAUGGACGUCCAAAUUUCCCAUUCAUUUUCUAAUGGCAUUUCAGCAUGUUUUUAUAUUUUAUUGAUGCCAAUGUACUUGGAUUCCAUUGACGCUCAUGUAAGUUGAUACAAUUGACGUCCAUGGACGUCCAAAUUUUUUUCCAUUCAUUUUCAAUGGGAAAUUUUUUCCCCCCCCAAAUCAACAGAAAAUGACUAGAUAUCAUUAGGACGUGUCCUUCAAAUGUCCCCGAUUGCAUUGCCGCUUAUGGAGGGUGCUGCCAUUGACGGCCAUGGACGUCCAAAUUUCCCAUUCAUUUCUAAUGGCAUUUAAUUUGUUUAAUACUAUUGAUAGGCAUGUUUGUCCAUUCUAGUGAUAGCCUUGGGCGGGGCUACGAUCUGUAUAGCCACACAGGAAAGACCAGGUGUAAUUUCUCCCGAAAUUGCAGUUUCUAGAUAAUUUUUGUUGUUUCGGUGUAGUUGUUUGGCAUAUUGUCCUCUUGAGUUAAUUUUGCUAAUCAAUUUGAAAUUAUUAUUUAUUGAUUUUGUUAAAUUUUAUUUUUCAGUAUCAAACGGUCAAAAAAUGUAUUGAGUGUAUAUUUGCAGUAAGGAUGUUGAUGGGUUUUUUUUUUUUGGUUUUUUUUUUUACACUG